UGAAGGGGGCAAGUGUUGACAAUCAGAUCGGCUACACCACCAACAACUACUACUACUACUCAAUUGACAAGUCACGAUCACAGAGAUACUCGCGCCUCGAGGAUCUGACUACAUGUCUGACAGGGAUUCCCAAAAUGACCUGCAAGACAAGGUCUUUGUCUUGGUAACCGGUGCCAACAGUGGCCUUGGUUUCUCAAUCUGCUGUCGACUGGUGGAUGAAUUUUUGAAAUCUCACCGACAUCCCCGCCAGUCUCUGACCGUUAUUUUCACCACGCGGAGCACCAAGAAGGGAAAUGACACUCUCGUUCGCCUACAUGAUCACCUUCGCGGCGCCUCUGCCUCUGUCUCUGCUUCCGCCGAAGCAUCAGCGCAAGUCACCUUUGUGCCCGAGAACGUCGACCUGUCGAACCUCGUCUCGGUCCGCGCCCUGUCCCGUCGACUGAACCAGACCCUCCCCAAACUCGAUGCGAUCGUGCUGAACGCCGGCCUGGGCGGAUGGACGGGCAUCAACUGGCCCAAGGCAAUCUGGGGUGUCAUGACAGACCUGGUGCACGAAGUCUCCUGGCCAUCGUUCAAGAUCGCGCCCGCGGGAAUGGUGACGGACCCCCAGACCGCACUGGGCGACGACAAGGAACCGCGUCUCGGCGCGGUCUUCUGCGCGAACGUCUUCGGCCACUACAUGCUAGCACACAACGUCAUGCCGCUGCUGCGACACCCUGAUCAGCUCCAUGGGCCCGGCCGCGUCAUCUGGGUCUCCAGUCUCGAGGCGACCGUGAAGUACCUCGACGUCGACGACAUACAGGGCCUGACCACUCUGGCCCCCUACGAGUCCUCAAAGGCUUUGACCGACAUCCUGGCUCUGACCGCGGACCUCCCCAGCUCAGCACCCUGGGUUAAGAGCUUCUACUCGGUCAACGAGCAACCAGAACCCCAAAAAGAAACAGAACAGGAACCCCCGCACCCAAACAUGUUCCUCACCCACCCCGGCAUCUGCGGCACAGGCAUCCUCCCGCUCUCCUGGCCCCUCUUCUACUCCAUGCUCGCGGCAUUCUGGCUAGCCCGCCUCCUCGGAUCCCCCUGGCACACGAUCUCCACCUACGCCGGCGCCUGUGCCCCCGUCUGGCUCGCCCUGUCCGCUCAGGCCGUCCUCGAUGACGCCGAAGCGCCGUACCGGCGCAACGGCGGCGGGAGAGUGAAAUGGGGCUCCUCGUGUAACCGUCUCGGUCAGGACCGGCCGGUGUGCACUGAAGUCGAUGGAUGGGGGUACGGUGGCGUGGUUGGGCCGGCCGUCCUCGACGGUGACCGGUGCCGUCGCCGGAAGAGGGGCGCGGUGGAUGUCACUGCGGAAGAGAAACUGCAGUAUGAAGAUCUGGGUAGGGAAUGCUGGCAGCGCAUGGAGGAAUUGCGGAUUCAGUGGGACAAGCUUCUUGACGAGGCUGAGGCCCAGGUUGAAUCCAAGGCAUGACCAGCGUUAACCCUAUACCAUAGCCCUCCUCUUCCUCUUCCUCGCAUCCUGUACUUUCCCGGGUUUAUAACUUGCUUAAUGUGUAAUUGUACAUCACCGUCUCUCAGCGUGAUUAUUCUGAGACUUGUCGAGUGUCGUCGAUUAGGGCCUUAUUCUGUAUCCAAAAUAAUAAUGCAGACUUGGACAUGCUUCGGAACAAUUAUCACCUUCAUAUCUGCCUUCACUAUUUACAUUCCAAGAAACCCCUUGUCCACGUUUAU